AUGGCUCUUUCGGCGCGCCUCCCGUCGACCUCCCUCGCCUCUCGAGCCACGUCGCGCCACCAUAGCGCGGCCGAAGUUCUGUCGGCCGCCGCUGCUCUCCGCGCGGCGCACCCCUUCCUCGCCUCCGCCGCUUCGCCGUGCGCCCUCACCCUCACCGCGUCACCCGCGCCGUCAGCCGCGGCGGAGUCCGACGUUGCGCCGUUCUGCCCGCUCUUCUCGUCGCGACGCACCGCCUCAUUCGUGCAGCGGGCAGGUUCACGAGCCGGGAGGCACGUGGCGCGCGCCAUGGCAGAGGCGGACGCCACAGCUGCCGCCGGGAACGGCGGAGCUGCCGGGGCGGCACCCGUGGCGAGCGACGGGCAGCGAGUGGCGCGCGUGGCGCGGAGGACCAAGGAGACGGACGUGGAGGUGACGAUCGCGAUCGACGGCGAGGGGCGGUGCUGCUCCGCCACGGGCAUCCCGUUCCUCGACCACAUGAUGGACCAGCUGGCGUCACACGGGCUGCUGGACGUGAGUGUGAGGGCGGAGGGCGAUGUGCACAUCGACGACCACCACACCAACGAGGACAUCGGCCUCGCCCUCGGCUCCGCGUUGGCGGCAGCGCUGGGGGACAGGAAGGGCAUACGGCGCUUUGGGGACUUCUGUGCGCCACUGGACGAGGCGCUCAUCCACGUGGUGCUGGACCUGUCGGGGCGGCCGCACCUGUCGUUUGACGUCACCAUGCCCACAGAGAGGGUCGGCACCUACGACACACAGCUGGUGGAGCAUUUCUUCCAGUCGCUCGUCAACACCAGUGGCAUGACGCUGCACAUCCGCCAGCUAGCGGGCAGCAACACGCACCACAUCAUAGAGGCCACCUUCAAGGCCUUCGCCAGGGCGCUGCGACAGGCCACGGAGAUCGACCCCCGCCGCGCUCACACCGUGCCCAGUUCCAAGGGAGUGCUCUCACGCACACUCGCCGCCGGCAGCUUGCGGAUGGACGUGUUUGUUCGCGGCUCGCAUGGCGCUCGCCUGCCGCUGCUUCCGCGGGGAGGGCAACGGCGCUGCGCAGGUGAUCCGCGUGUGCCGUCAAGCGGGCUCCUCUCCCGGCUCCCGCUCCUUCACUCCGCCGGGCGUUCGGGUCUAUCCGCACCCAAAGCGCGGGAGUCGAUAAGCUGCCGCGCCUCCUUCAACGGCUUCGGCCGGCGAUCCUCGCGCGCGCGGGAUGACCGCAGUCACGCGCAAGCGCGCGCAGAGGGGGGCAUGUGGCAGGGGGAGGAGGGAGAGGAGCGGGGCAAGCGGGAUGCGGGCAGAUCAGCAUCAGGGGGAGCGGGUCCGGCGUGGAUGGGGAUGGGCGCGGGGGAAGGGGGCGCGCGGGCGGGCGUGGGUGACGCACAGCGGCUGCUGAUUGGCGGCGCCAUGCUGGCGGCGGUGACGUGGCUCAAGUUCGCGACGGAGGGCCAUCUGGGGUGGCUGGGCGACGGCGCGCUCGAGGGCGUCGCGCAGCUCUGGUUCGUGUUCUAUCUGUUGGACGUGGCGCUCACCACGGCCACAUGGAUCGUCGGCAAGCUCACCUCCUCGCUCGCCGUUGCCAAUGUACCCCCCCUCGCCUCCCCUUCCCCCCUCGCCUCCCCUUCCCCCCUCGCCUCCCCUUCCCCGCUCGCCUCCCCUUCCCCCCUCGCCUCCCCUUCCCCCCUCGCCUCCCCUUCCCCCUCUUGCCUCCCCUUCCCCCAAUCGCCUCCCCUUCCCCCAAUAGCCUCCCCUUCCCCCAAUCGCCUCCCCUUCCCCCCUCGCCUCCCCUUCCCCUCCCUCUUCUCCUUCUCCUCCCGCUUCCCCUUCCCCCCCGUUUCCCCUUCCCCCCCGUUUCCCCUUCCCCCCCGUUUCCCCUUCCCCGCCGUUUUCGCUUCCCCUCCCGCUUCCCGCUUCGUUCGUUGGGAGCUUCGUUGUCUUUCAAUGCCCGUGGUGCGACCACCAGUUCACGUUCGACAGGUGAGCCCAGGGAGCCCAGGGGGCACGCCCCACGCCCUCACUGCUGCGAGCGGGCUGAAGGGGCUCAGCGCAAUGGGAAGUGUUCCCCUCUCCCUCUCUCUCCGCUUCCCUGCUUCUCAUGCGAUUUUGACUGCUCACCCACCACUUCUUGGCUUUAACCACCUAUGCUUGCUCCGCAGCACUUGUGUGCUUUCUCCUCCAUCUUUGCCUCUACUUUCCGUGUGCUAA